UCUCCCUGGCAACUAGAACGCCAAACACUGCGCGUCAUAGAGGGCGAAGAACGCCGCUUCUCCCGGGAGCCUUAAAGGGGCCGCGGCCCCUGCGCUGCUGCGGUUGCGAAGGAAGCGAUUGGGUUGCACUUCGCAUGAUGGACGGGGCUUCUGGGAAGUCGGAGAAGGAUGGCGAGGAAGCCCGAGAAGAUCCAGACAGCAAAGACAUAGAAAGAGAACAGUUGCCCCCAGAAGCUGAUCAAUCAGGGAGGGCACCUGAAAUUGUUGUGACAGGUUCAGAGUUUUACAACAGUGAGAUGGAGCCAGAGGAGAUCAUAGAGAGGAGAGAUAUAGGCACAGGUCCUGAAGAUCAUCCAGGAAGUGAUAAAAGUAGAUCAUCCACUUCUCCAGCUAGGUCAGAGAGCCCAGAGGGAACAGCUGACGGCAGUCAAAAGCCAGGAUUAGAUAAUGCCCCCUUUGAAAGAUCAGCAGAGCUAUCCUCCCCAGAAACCCCUGACUCCUUAUCCUCAAGCAAAGGAUCCAAUGGCCACCCUGCAAUACUGGGAGGAAUCAGAAGAGAGAGCUCUGUUGGGUACCACUUAAGGAGGGAGACGUUGGAUGCAGUUGCUGUUGAUCAAUCCGGAAAACGUUUGGGAAGAUCAGUCUCAAUGCAGACAGAUAAGAGCUGGCUUUAUGACCACUGCAAAAAAAGGCGUCCAAAGGAAGAAAAGCUUCGUCCUGAGAAUGAUAUCUACGCCGUCUGGUACGAGGACCUCAGCUGCUUAGACAUUUUGUGCGACACGGAGUUUCAAGAAGACUUCUUAAAGCUGUUUCAGGAAUCUCUACGCACCCUGUCCAGCGUUGGUCCACCAACUAUACUAGCCUAUAGGCCAGAAUUAUCGAGAGAAGGCAUUCAAUUCGAGUUCGAAAAACACUAUGGAGAAAUCUGUGAGUUCUGUGGCAGCCCACUGAGAAAUUAUCCGUCAUUUGAAAGUCUAGAACAAAUAGCAGAAUAUGGAAAUCUUUUCUGUUGCCAGAAAUGCAGAGAUCUUCACGAGUUCCUUGUCAAUGAGAAAAAGCGCUAUGCAAAGGAAGGAGUUCAGCUGAUUGAUAUCACCACUAAGCAGGUAGAAGGAACUGCGGAAGAGAGGAAAAAAGCCAGAGAAAGAGCUCGUCAAAGGCUGAAGGAGAAACAAAUGGCCCAACAGUUUGUCCACCUCCCAAAAGAGAAAGAGAGAGAAAAGGACGUAGUUCCAACUCAUGUCUUUGACUAUUCUCGGCAACUCAGCACCAUUUCCUACUGCCUGUCCCAAAUUGGACCUUCUAUGUCAGGCUGGACGAAGAUGCCUCUCCAGGGAAUUAAAUUCCAAAGUCCCACGAGCCAAGAGGCUAGCUACAGCAUCUCUAGCUGCGAUUUCACUAUUGCAGGUGGAAAGUUGCUGAAAAACCAGUUCUUCCAGCAAUACUACAAAAACGGUGUGAAGUUUCUUACCAUGUUUCCAGAUGGAAGUGCACAAAUAUUCUAUCCCUCUGGAAAUCUGGCGAUUAUCAUUGUACAAAGGAAUGAGGGCACAGGCUACGUUGCCAUAGUACAAGAUGACAAGCCUGAGAAUGCAGAAAUCCAAGCGGUGUUCGAUUCCUGUGGCAAUGGGACUUGCUAUCAUUCAACUGGAAAUGUGUGGAUAAAUGUUACGAUUCGAGGAGGACAUUAUUCGGAUGAAGUUGGCAACAAAGUGAAAACGUGGAUCUGGCCCAACAAUUUGCAGAAGUGCGUCUCGAGAGCACCAUUUAAGCCAGUCUUUCUAUCCUUGAACCAGAAUGUUGGUGUCAGGAUAGUUGAGCAAGACAGAGUAGCCAUUUCUUUCCUUGCAAGUGGAAAACAGGCAAAAAUCAACAUAGGAGCAAAAGUAAAGCCGCUUGCUGACCAUCACCCGUGGCCGAAGUUUGUGUCUGAAGAUGACCUCUUCCUGUUUGCCUGCCGAAUAAAGAUUCUCCGCAUCUUUGCUAAACUGCAAGGGUGUUUAGAUUUUCCUAACAAUGACUGGUGGGCUAAGCUCCAGCUGCCUUCGUUUCUUUUCACUAAGGCUUUGAGGUUAAUGAACCUUUGUAAGGAAUGUGAAGUAAGUUCUGCUCUGGACACCUUAAUCAUGGAAACAUUAAAUUCACCAACCUGA